UUACUAGUGAAGGCAGAGAAGUGGAAUUCCCAAGUGGAAUUGCCCAAGUGGAAUUCCUCUUUCUCCUAUAGCUAAUUGCACCUCCACAGCUGUUUUUCUCCCCAAGCAACACAAGGGACAUUAGGAUAGUGUUGUGGCCUCCAGAACGUUGAAUCUGUCAUUGCUUUUGGCUACUGAGAUUUAGCUUCCAUUGACUCUUGGAGGGUGGGAAAGAGAAGCCUAACAGUUCUUUACAUAUGUUAAGUAGGCAUAAAAAACUAAAGAGGUGUAGAAGAGGAACAUUCUUAACUAUACUGCUCAUUUUUAUUUGCAUUGUGGUGCUCAGAUGAUUGAUGUGGUGGAGAGUCUUGGACUGAGAUUUAGCAGAUGAGGGUUCAGCCUUGGAUUUUGCCACUAGCUAGUCAGUCAUCACUGUAUGCCUGUUACUUAAUCUCUCCGGGCUUCAUAUUUCUUCUUUGCAAAGAUCAACAGUGAUAAUGGCUGAGUGUACAAGUCUUCAGUUUGUCAGCCCUUUUGCUUUUGAGGCAAUGCAGAAGGUGGAUGUUGUUCGGUUGGCGUCUUUAAGUGAUCCGGAAUUAAGACUUCUCUUACCCUGCUUGGUGCGGAUGGCGCUCUGUGCUCCAGCUGACCAGAGCCAAAGCUGGGCUCAGGAUAAAAAACUGAUCCUUCGUCUUCUGUCUGGAGUGGAAGCUGUCAACUCCAUUGUUGCAUUGUUGUCUGUGGACUUUCAUGCUUUAGAACAGGAUGCCAGCAAAGAACAGCAGCUUAGGCAUAAACUUGGAGGAGGCAGUGGAGAGAGCAUCCUCGUAUCACAGCUUCAGCAUGGAUUGACGUUAGAAUUUGAACACAGUGAUUCGCCUCGUCGAUUGCGUCUUGUGCUAAGUGAACUGUUGGCAAUUAUGAACAAGGUGUCUGAGUCCAGUGGAGAAUUUUUUUUUAAGUCAUCUGAGCUAUUUGAGAGUCCAGUGUAUUUGGAGGAAGCUGCAGAUGUACUUUGUAUUUUACAAGCAGAGCUCCCUUCCCUGCUUCCAAUAGUGGAUGUAGCUGAAGCCUUGCUACAUGUUAGAAAUGGUGCUUGGUUCUUAUGUCUGUUGGUGGCCAAUGUUCCUGAUAGUUUUAAUGAAGUUUGCAGGGGUCUGAUUAAAAAUGGAGAACGACAAGACGAAGAAAGUCUUGGAGGAAGGCGCAGAACAGAUGCCCUACGCUUCUUGUGUAAAAUGAAUCCUUCUCAGGCUCUCAAAGUUCGAGGGAUGGUGGUGGAGGAAUGUCACUUGCCAGGGCUUGGAGUGGCUUUGACGUUGGAUCAUACUAAAAAUGAAGCUAGUGAAGAUGGAGUGAGUGACUUGGUUUGUUUUGUUAGUGGUUUGCUUCUUGGAACAAAUGCGAAAGUCCGGACUUGGUUUGGAACUUUUAUUCGAAAUGGACAGCAGAGAAAAAGAGAGACCAGUAGUUCUGUCCUUUGGCAAAUGAGAAGGCAGCUUCUUCUGGAGUUGAUGGGCAUUCUUCCCACAGUAAGAAGUACCCGCAUUGUGGAAGAAGCUGAUGUGGAGAUGGAGCCCAAUGUGUCUGUGUAUUCGGGGCUGAAAGAAGAGCAUGUUGUGAAAGCCAGUGCACUCUUACGUCUGUACUGUGCUUUGAUGGGGAUCGCUGGACUCAAACCAACUGAGGAAGAGGCUGAGCAAUUACUGCAGUUGAUGACAAGCCGUCCGCCUGCUACACCAGCUGGCGUUCGCUUCGUUUCGCUCUCCUUUUGUAUGCUGCUGGCCUUCUCUACACUUGUCAGUACACCCGAACAGGAGCAGCUAAUGGUGGUGUGGCUAAGUUGGAUGAUAAAAGAAGAAGCUUAUUUUGAAAGUACUUCUGGUGUCUCUGCUUCUUUUGGGGAGAUGUUGUUACUGGUCGCUAUGUACUUUCAUAGCAACCAGCUUAGUGCUAUCAUUGACUUGGUCUGUUCCACUUUGGGGAUGAAGAUUGUGAUUAAACCAAGCUCCUUGAGCAGGAUGAAGACUAUCUUCACACAGGAAAUUUUUACUGAGCAGGUUGUCACAGCUCAUGCUGUUCGGGUCCCUGUCACCAGUAACCUGAGUGCCAACAUUACUGGAUUUUUGCCUAUUCAUUGUAUUUACCAGCUUCUCAGGAGUCGUUCCUUUACUAAGCACAAAGUGUCAAUAAAAGACUGGAUUUAUAGACAGCUGUGUGAAACCUCCACUCCACUUCAUCCUCAAUUACUUCCUCUGAUUGACGUGUACAUAAAUUCCAUACUUACUCCUGCAUCUAAAUCUAAUCCAGAAGCCACAAAUCAGCCAGUCACAGAACAGGAGAUCCUCAGUAUUUUUCAAGGAGUCAUUGGGGGCGAUAACAUCCGCCUUCAUCAACGUUUCAGUAUCACAGCCCAGCUUUUGGUGCUUUACUAUAUCCUGUCUUAUGAGGAAGCUCUCCUAGCAAACACAAAGACUUUAGCUGCCAUGCAAAGAAAGCCCAAAUCAUAUUCGUCGUCUUUAAUGGAUCAAAUUCCUAUCAAAUUCCUUAUUCGACAGGCUCAAGGGCUGCAACAGGAGUUGGGAGGGCUACAUUCUGCUUUACUACGUCUCCUUGCAACUAAUUACCCACAUUUAUGCAUUGUGGAUGAUUGGAUCUGUGAAGAAGAAAUCACAGGGACUGAUGCCCUGUUAAGGCGAAUGCUACUGACCAAUAAUGCCAAAAACCACUCUCCUAAACAACUCCAAGAAGCAUUUUCAGCUGUCCCAGUAAGUCACACACAAGUGAUGCAGAUUCUAGAACACUUGACUCUACUCUCUGCCAGUGAACUUAUACCUUAUGCAGAAGUAUUAACAUCCAAUAUGAACCAGCUAUUGAAUUCAGGGGUUCCACGGCGAAUUCUUCAAACCGUCAAUAAACUGUGGAUGGUUCUUAAUACUGUGAUGCCUAGAAGGCUAUGGGUAAUGACAGUGAAUGCACUUCAGCCUUCAAUAAAGUUUGUACGGCAACAAAAGUAUACUCAGAAUGAUUUGAUGAUAGAUCCUCUCAUUGUCCUAAGAUGUGACCAGAGGGUACACAGAUGCCCCCCACUGAUGGAUAUUACUUUACACAUGUUGAAUGGAUAUCUUCUUGCAUCCAAAGCCUACCUUAGUGCUCAUCUGAAGGAAACAGCGGAGCAAGAUAGGCCUUCCCAGAAUAAUACAAUAGGUUUAGUUGGGCAAACUGAUGGCCCAGAGGUUACCAGAGAAGAAUUGAAAAAUGCAUUACUGGCUGCUCAGGAUAGUGCAGCUGUCCAAAUUCUCUUGGAGAUUUGCUUACCUACUGAAGAAGAGAAAGCAAAGGGUGUCAAUCCAGACAGCUUGCUAAGGAAUGUUCAAAGUGUUAUUACUACCAGUGCUUCAAAUAAGGGAAUGGAGGAAGAAGACAAUUUGCUGUGUAACCUUCGAGAAGUUCAGUGCCUUAUCUGUUGUCUGUUACACCAGAUGUACAUCGCUGAUCCCAACAUUGCUAAACUUGUUCACUUUCAGGGUUAUCCAUGUGAACUUUUACCUCUGACCGUCGCAGGUAUUCCAUCUAUGCAUAUCUGUCUGGAUUUCAUACCUGAGCUUAUUGCACAGCCAGAACUUGAAAAACAGAUAUUUGCUAUCCAGUUGCUUUCUCAUUUGUGUAUCCAGUAUGCAUUACCAAAGUCACUCAGUGUGGCUCGCCUAGCUGUGAAUGUCAUGGGAACUUUGCUAACAGUUUUAACACAGGCUAAGCGGUAUGCUUUUUUCAUGCCAACUCUGCCAAGUUUGGUCUCUUUCUGUCGAGCAUUUCCUCCACUGUAUGAGGAUAUUAUGUCUUUGCUGAUCCAAAUAGGCCAAGUCUGUGCCUCUGAUGUUGCCACUCAGACAAGAGACAUUGAUCCAAUUAUUACACGUCUUCAACAAAUAAAGGAGAAACCGAGUGGAUGGUCUGGUAUCUGUAAAGAUCCAUCUUACAAAAAUGGAUCUGGAGACACUGGAAGUAUGGAUCCUGAUGUACAGCUCUGUCAUUGUAUUGAAAGCACAAUAAUUGAAAUAAUAAACAUGAGUGUUAGUGGAAUUUAAAAAAAAAAAGUAAAACAAAAAAAAUGAAGCUGUCUGCUGCAUAUACUCAAUACGAAUCUGCAUCUUAUAACAACUCUAAACUGGGAACAGUAACAUCUUGGAAUCAUUAAACGAUUCAGUUCAACAUGAGUAUAAUUUAGAACUCUCUUUAAGAAUUAUGCUUGCUUGUAUUUGGCAGUUCUGUGAAUCUAAUUUGCUGGUAUGUUUAUACUGUAGCAGCGGAGCUUUUUUUUUUUUUUUUUCUAUUGGGAGCACAUUUAAGAAACUCAUUACUAGAAAGUGAAUUUGGCUUUGUAUUUAGUUUUUGCAAUGAAGAAACAGUGCCAUGCCUUUAAUUUCUUAUAAAGAUGAGUCUGUGGGUAGCCCUAGUGUUUAAUGUCAGCUAGUAACAGUGUGACAAUGAUGCAAUGAUGAGAGGGAGAAAAAGGGAAGGGAGAAUUCAGGAAAAAUUAGGAGUUGAAAUACCCAAUAGAAGUCGCUAAAACUUGCAAUGCAAGUAAUAAUAAUGCAAGAUGGAAUUUUGCUUCUCAAGAAAUAGUAUUGAGAAGGCUUUAAAAAAGGCAAAUAGCUUUUUGUAAAUGAUUUCCAUGGAAUUACAGAUGACAAUUUUAAGAUUUUACAUAUUUGCUUCAAUUUUUACUAAUAUAGAGACAUAUGUUUAAAGAGAUACUUGAAUAAUUUGGAAUUUUAAGAUACUAAUUUAGAAGUGUUUACAGAAACAUCUUUGUGCAGAGAAGAACCUGAAAGGAGAUUUCAUUUAGUUUUUUUUUUAA